AUGUCUGCAUCUCCACCGCCUCACCCGUCUCCCCACACGACGGCGCACGCAUACGCCAGCAAUGGUCUAGAAAUUCUGCAGGCUGCCAGCGAUGCAGCCCAGGCCAUUCAAAACUCAGAGGCCUUGCAACAUGCCGCAGCUCAGGCCGUCGGCCAACCUGGCGUCGCGCAUCUCGGUCCCGGCGUCGAGAUGCCUUCGCCGCACAUGGUGUCUGGUCAGACCGCCAUGAUGCGCGAUCCGACUAUCAACCCCAAACUCACCCGUUUGCGACGCGCUUGCGAUAUGUGUAGCAUGCGAAAAGUCAAGUGCGACGACUCCAACAUCCCUUGCCGGCCCUGUCGCGAGCUUAACGUCGACUGCACAUACAACCGCGAGACCAAACGUCGAGGGCCGCCCAAUAAGCACGCCGAGGCCGCCAAAGCCGCCAAAAAGUCACGGGUCGAGACCCGUUUACCUGGUUUCGCCGCGUCACCAUCGCCUCAAAUUGCGGCCAAGACGCUAUUGACGAUCUCGUCAGAUGCUGUUCUCGAUGCAGAGUCCAUCGCGCCAAUGCCAGUUCUGGAACUCCUCGUCGACGACUUCUUCACCUAUAUUCAUCCUCUUGCGCCGUUCCCUCACGAACCCACAUUCCGUCAGUCCUUUGCGAACCGAGAGGAUCGAACGCGUCCCGAAUUUCUUGCUCUUUUGUCCAGCAUGAUCGGUGCGCUGGUCGCGUCCUUCCCUCGCUGUGUCAGAGACUACCUCAAGUCACAACACAAUACGCACAUAUUUCCAAAGGCUGUGGUCAUGGUGGAUAAGUGUCGUGAUAUCGCGCUUCACACUCGUGGUGCUCGGUGGCCCAUCAAACAACCCAAGACUCUGGAUGACGCCAUGACCAGCUACUUCCUCGGCCUUGGUGCAGCAUACACCGUUCAUUAUAAUGUUGCGCGCAUUUUUCUUUCAGAAACCCUUACUUUGAUUCGCGAACUUGGUUUCACACGACCUAAGCACCAGGGCGAACUCCCGAACUUUGGACACGAGACCUAUGCCAACGAACCCCUGCCGUUCAACCACGUCAAGGACCAGAUCGGAAAGAGGAUAUUCUGGUGUUUGCUGCUUGGUAAUAGAACAUUAUUUCAGCUCACAUCGCACAACGACAUGGUUAUUGCGCCAUCCACUCCGAAUCUCCCAUAUCCACAAUACCCCGAGAAUACUGACGACAUAUGCAUACAACCCAACGAAAUCAUGCACCAAACCGAUGGCAGCGUUACUCUUCUCACAGGAUUUCGCUUCGCCAUUGAUAUAUACACUACUAUGAAUGGCAUUGUCAGCCUUGAGCUUGCGUACGGCAUGAGCACGCUACCAUGGGCCGAUCAGCGCAUUCUACUACGAGAUGGCUUAAUGGCCGCUAAGAGUAUCAUCGAUAAUCUUCCGCCAGAGCUUCAGCUGGGCAGCUCAAGCGCAGAGGCAAACCCGCUGGCUAGCCUCGAUGAGUCAGGCAUGCAGUACGUGCCGCCGGUGUGGCCCAACGUGCAACCCUCGCAUGACCUCCGCAACGUGAUCAAGGCCCACCCGGUCCGUCGUCGGCAGCUGCAGUACGAAAUCCAAAAGGCAAACAUAUUCGUGUCGCAGCUCGCGACGCGUUCGUACUUUGUCGAACUCUACUUUGACCUGCGCGACAUCCACUUGACCGACCAUCCUGACGCGGCCGAGGAUCAGGCCGAGGACAGCAAGGCGCUUGUGCACGACAGUGACGACGGUCCGGCCGGUGACGACAAGGAGAUUUACGAGCUUAUGUCAACUGAGCGCGAACUCAUCGUGCAGAACCUGCUCAUGGUGCUCGGCUGCAUCUCGCAGCGCAACCUUGAGCCCAACGGGCGCUCGCUCGUCGAAAAGAUUCGCCAGGUCGCGUCGACGCUGCUAAACGACGCACCACACCGCAAGGGGCCACUCGCCGUUAAGUCCGAGGCCGCCCUCGAGCAACUCAUCAAUAUUCUUGUCAAGCUGGAAAGGACAGGUCCCGUGGGCGGCAGCGAGGCAGGAAGCAACGGCACCGACCACAAUUACAUGACGGCCGAGGACGAGGAGGCUGAGCUCUUGCACUGGGAGGAUCUCCGGGAGUACCAGCUGCGGUUUGCGGCGGCCGGCGGUUUCAACGGGGAAUUGUAA